GUCGCCCUUCGGACGGCCGCGCAGCGACACCGGUAGAAGUGCAAACACCAAUUUGCUGCAGAUGCAGCAUCUCCUUGCUGCCGGCUCGGGCUCGACGUCCUGGAGUAAUUUUGGGUCCGGAACUACUGCCGUAGUACCUGAGGUCAGUCCCACCUUGAUCAACGUCAUUUCCCUCACAUUUCAGUAUUUUCUCGUCUACGCUGCCUACCACAUACUGCGCACCUACAACCAACUCAGAAAGGGCGCGAUCGAGACAAAUCCAAGUGGCAACGAGCCGGACAAUGAUAUCGAUGUUACAAUAGAUGGAAAUGGAGCGCCUAUCACUGCCUCCACACGAGCGCCUCCAAGUAGCGAACGGGGUCGGCCUUUGAUUCAGGUAGCGGCAGUUAAUGAUGUGAAGAUGUCAUCAUGCCUGAGUAUUUCCAGUGGCGGUCAACCUGUUGUAGAAAACAGGGACUCGUCCUUGAAAUUAAGUACGUUUUUAGCUGAACAAGUUCUGAAGGAACAAGAAGAGCACAAAACUAAACAUGACAAAAAUACAUAAAGAAUCGGUAAAUAUGGCUGAAGAGACAGAUCCAACCUCAAUACUUUCAGAGCCAGACCGGGCGCGGAUCGGCUCCCAUGUCCACGAGGGACCAGGCAACGACCACGCUCAAAUCCACGCGUUGGCCGGAUGCGCUAGAACUGGAGCAGGUGCUGCAAAAAAUGGUGCAAACUGUGCAGCUGGCCCCGAUGCUGGCGGUGCUCUUCAUCGCGACCCGGCUCCGGGCGUCCACGCUUGGGGACAACCAGAGCCCGCCCGGGUACGCGCAGACCUGCAUGUACGUUGCCACGUACGCCGUGCUGACGGACACGAUCGUCGCCGCUGUCCUUCCGUUCUUCAUCUCGGACGUGAGCAAGGCAGAGAGCGGCAUGGCGGCCAACGACCCCGUGGGCGGUGCUCCCACAGCUGCUGGUGAUCCGGAGGCGCCCCCGGCACCGCCCGCGAAUACUUGGCUGCAGCGGCUCAAGGAUCGGGUAGAAGACGCCGUAGAAAGUGCGACUGGCUACGACAUCGACGGAGACGGCGACGUGGGUGAAUCUGACGGUAUGCACCGGAAAGUAGGAUGUCGUUGCGCGCUUCUUGCCGUUUUUAUAUUGGAAUCAACAUAUGGAUAUGCAUAUGUAAAUGUAUGAUUUACACAGACUCAGACAGGCUUCGUAUUUGUUCCAAAGCGAAACCGCGGCACAACUUUUUGGAUUUGUAAGAAAAUUUUCCGAGCCAGAAGGGGAGUCGAGUUUGUUCCCUCAUCGUUCAAAUGAGACUGAGAGAGGAAGCGCCACCUUUCCCUUUUCAAAAGCCACGACGAAGACGUGGGGGCGACCAAGUUUUUCGGCGCGGCUGUCCCCUCCGUCGGAAAGAGAAAGCGGUUGACGCGACACGAAAAGCGGCAGCAGGCUUACCAGAGGAAGCUGGUGGCCAUGCGGGCAGUGAAGAUUCUGUCGAUCACCCGCACAGCGCUCACAUUUGCUGUCUAUGCCUCGUUCUCCGUGGUCAUCUUCGCGCUGAUUGCGAUGGAGGCGCCCGCCGGAAACCGACACUGCCCCACCUGUGCCUGGUCCUGGACCCCCGACGUGCCCGCGAGCCUGCAGUGUCUCAUUAAUCUAACGCUCCAGUAUUUCGCGGUCUAUCUGGCACUCUACGCCUCCCAAAUGUACUCCAUCUUUUGCACCCCGGACCGGCAACCGACCAAAGUAGCGAAGUUUCUGGAGCGGGUAAAUAAAUACUAAAACUCGUAUGUAAGAACAAGAAGUUUUUGCUCGUGUGUUCAAAAUGCUGGAGUACAUCACAGCACAUCGCUACAGACUGCCGGAGUAGAAGAUGAACAACUGCUUGAUGUUUCUUUGGGGAGAGACGCAGGAAAGCAUAUAAAUGAAAAUGACAACAGGCACGGGAGGCCAGUGAGCUGUGUCCCAUACUCGCGGUGCUUUUCAUCGCGGUGCGACUGCGCGCGAAUCAACUGAAGACGGAGCCGCAGGAGUACGCGAAAACGGCCUUCUACGUGACUACCUACGCCGUGCUGGGGCAGACGGUAUUGGCGCUGCUCCAGCCACUAGUGCACCAGUUAAACACGCUGUUGGGGUUUCUGCUCGAGUGCGCCAAGUACCUGUUUCUCCUUUCGAUCUACGCCGGCACAGUGGUGGUGAUCUACAGCAUUUUCGACCUCGAGCUACCGAAGCACUUCGGGAGCAGCACUCCUGCGCUUUCCACGCCUGGAAAGUGCAUUUUGCUAGUAGUCAUGGUCUACUUCGUGGUGUUCAUCCUUCUCCAAAUGAUUCGCUCCUACUAUUACAAUGAAAAAUGCCCCCACCCCCGAACUUGAAAGCAUUUGUAUUGCAAACCUUUCCAAAUGAAACAUUCGCGCUCUUGCAUCUAUCAGCAUCACAGGUUUUCAACCGUGAAUAGCAAAAAUUUGUAUUGCAAAAGGCCCCAGCAAGAGCGGCGCUUGUCAUGUAAGCGAUGCGAUACACGCCUAGACUCUGCAUCAGAAAGAUCCAUACUCCUUCCAUGCAUGACAGAAAGUUUUCAUUUGGAAACUUCGCAUCACAAAUUUUGCAAUUUCAGGGGUGGGGGGCACUUUUCACUGCAAUACCUACUCGCUUUGGGUCCUGAAGCUGCAUGCAAAAACGAACCUCGAAAUCAUGCUCGAGGAGUCGCUGCCGUCCUUGGAGCUGAUUCCAAUGUUGGGCGUCGUGUUUGUGGCCGCUCGGUUCCGCGCUAUGGAGGUGCGCCCAAACCUAUCCACCGAAGGGUUCGGCCCAAAGCUGGAGCUACCUUCUCCUGUGGUAUAUUGCAUGGCGACACUUUGGAAGAUGCAUCACGUGCCUCGGGAGUGGCAAAAACUACACUCGACGCGCAAUUUGCCUCCAAGUUCCAGCACCAUUCCAUUCUUUUACGGUGCAACGUGCCGCAAGAAGAUGCAACAAUGACUGCAUGCGAUAUUAAAAAGGCCUGGCAUACAACACUGUGUAUAGAGAACGACAUCGCUUGAUUGGCCACAUUAGAGGUGGUAGAACAACGCUCUGGGCGUAUUUACUGGCCCAUAGGCCCAAGGCGGCGAAAUCCAGCAAUGGGCAAAGAUCUUUAUGUACCUAGCCGCUUGCGCGGUCCUGGUACAGACUGCCGUGAGCAUCGUCCUACCCUACUUCAACGGGCAGAUCCAGGUCCUUCCAGUAGCAGAUCCGGCGGCGCCGGUGAAAGAGCGAAUCUUACUCAACUAUCGAAGGCACACUCGGCGGGAGACCGCAAAGAGUUUGAGCAUGGCCAAAUUCGCAGCGAUGGCAGGUGUGUAUGCGGGGGUAGCGGGCGUGUUGGUGUCAAUUCUCACCAUUGAGCCUACGAGCGUGCUGCUCUGAAGCUGAAUCAUAGGGCGGCGAUGAAUCGAGAUUUUCGUGUUAAAACCCGCGAACGCAAUUCCCUCUCCUUUUUUCUCAGUCCGUUCAGACUCAUCUUCUUCAUUAGAGAUGAAAAGGAGCCGACUUAAGUCAGCUUCUACACUGCCUCGGAAGUCGGAGUCUUGAUGACAAAUUUGCUGACAACCUAGUUGCAAAACAUGGUAAAUUUUUACGCAGAUGAGAUGUCUGUUGUGCUGUUCCACAGGAUGAUUGAAGACUUCAGUUACAGAUACCUGAACCUGCUCGCUGGUAUCUUUACUAGAGAGACCACUAAUUCCUUUUCGCUGCUUUCCGGCGAGAAUGAUAAACUAAACUUGGGUAUACACGAAAUAACUGCGGCACCGCUCCACGCAGAGGUCUAGUAUCGCGAUCAUGUGCCCCAUAAUUCAAUUAAUCGCAGUGCUUUGGCAUUCGUCCGAUGGUAUACUCAUAGCUUCCAUUUCUUUUCAGUGCGUCUGGUUCACCCUCCUCGGAGCAGAAUUUUUAGCCUGCUUCUGAACUAGAGACCGUAUUGUACUACCAAAAUCAUAAUAAAAUCAAUGAUUGGCAUUUGAGCUGGUGUCGGGUACUAUUUUGAAGCGUUUUUCUUUUUAGAUUUCUCAGAGUGCGUAGAAGGAGCGCAGAUAAAAA